CACUUGUACCAGGAAGUGUAAAUUACGUCAUCACUUCGCACCGCCCAUGUGUACAUGCUGGGGAAACGUGUAACCACGCUGUCACAUCGGACUGUUUAAAUACCGUCGCUGACCACCAUGGAGUACGUUCAAGCUCCAGCUACUUCUAGUCAGGGGAACAUCCUCUGCUGCACGUGUGGCAUCCCCAUCCCCCCCAACCCUGCUAACAUGUGUGUGUCCUGCCUGAGGACGCAAGUGGACAUCUCUGAAGGCAUCCCCAAGCAAGUCACAGUGCACUUCUGCAAACAGUGUGAAAGGUACUUGCAGCCCCCAACAACAUGGAUGCAGUGUGCUUUGGAGUCCAGAGAAUUACUCGCCCUCUGCCUCAAGAAGCUCAAGGCAUCCAUGACCAAAGUGCGAUUGAUUGAUGCCGGCUUCCUGUGGACUGAACCCCACUCCAAAAGGAUUAAGCUGAAGCUGACCAUUCAGAAAGAGGUGAUGAAUGGAGCCAUCCUGCAGCAGGUGUUCGUGGUGGAGUUUGUGAUUCAGUUCCAGAUGUGCAGCGACUGCCACCGCGUGGAGGCCAAGGACUUCUGGAAGGCCGUGGUGCAGGUCCGACAGAAGACUGUGCACAAGAAGACCUUCUACUACCUGGAGCAGAUGAUCCUAAAGCACAAUCUGCAUCAGAACACCUUACGCAUCAAGGAGAUCCACGAGGGGCUGGAUUUCUACUUCGGCACCAAGCAGCAUGGUCAGAAGAUGGUGGACUUCCUGCAGUGCACCGUCCCCUGCAGGACAAAGGCAUCCCAGCGCCUGAUCUCUCAUGAUGUGCACACAAAUGAAUACAACUACAAAAGCGCAUUCUCUGUGGAGAUUGUGCCUGUCUGCAAGGACAACGUGGUGUGCCUGUCCCCGCGUCUGGCACAGAGCUUGGGCAACAUGAGCCAGGUGUGUGUGUGCACCCGCGUCACCAGCACCAUCCACCUCAUCAGCCCCAGCACGCUACAGAUUGCUGAAGUGGAUGCUAACACGUACUGGCGCUACCCCUUUAACAGCCUGUGCAACCCCAAACAGCUGGAGGAGUUUAUCGUCAUGGAGAUGGAUAUCAUUAGAGACCAGAAACUGGGGGCGGGAGCAGGCCUCACAUCCAAUAAGCAUGUUCUGGCUGAGGUGUGGGUGCAGAAAGUGUCUGAGAUGAACACCAGCCAGCAGUACUUCUGCCGCACCUAUAUGGGACACCUGCUCAACAUUGGAGACCUGGUGUUGGGUUUUGAUUUUGCAAAUUCCAACGUCAAUGAUGAGCACCUGAACAAGAUGAACCCCCAACAUGUCCCUGAUGUGGUUCUCGUCAAAAAGAGCUACGACCGCAUGAAGAGGGUGAAGCGCAGGAACUGGAAGUUGAAGGAGCUGGAAAGAGACAGAGAAGGCAUGGCCUCGGAUGACGAGAGGCAAUACGAGGACUUCCUGGAGGAUCUGGAGGAGGACGAAGCUCUGAGGAAGAACGUCAACAUCUUCAGAGACGCAAACAAGAUCCCAGUGGAGAGCGACACGGAUGACGACGGCGCUCCGAGGAUCUCUCUGGCCGAAAUGCUGGAGGAGCUGACCCUGAACGAUGCCACAGGUGGAGAGGGCGCCGACAUGAUGACCGAGUGAAAAUGCCUGCCGUAGCGCCUAUCGGCAAUCGAUUACUCUGGCCUGGCCUGAUCUCUCUGACUUUUGGACCACUCCUGGCAGCCCAGGACUUGCAGGCCUAUCAUAAAAUUCUGUGUGGAGUGGUUGUUAUGCUAACAUAAUGCAGCGACACAUGGUUGGCUCCUGUGCAUUCAAUAUACAUCCAUUCAAAGGAUGUUCAAAUAUAACAAUCUCAUUGCCUGAUGUCAGGCAAAACACUAGCAGAGUUGGUGUGUGAGUGCUUUGCUGAAUAACCAUUUUGACAAAUCACACAAUAAAAUAUGAUAAUCUCUA